GCGGCAUCGCGCGGUUUGUCGCGGUGGCUAGUGCUCUUCUGGAACCCCGACGAGUCAGGUCGUGUAGGAGAACGAUACACAUACACGCGCGGAAGAAAAAGAGAACCGUAGACGAAACUGCCAAGAGGAGAAACGAGGACCGUCAAGUGAGAGAGUGAGAGAAAGAGAGAGAGCUAUAUACCAGCGCGACAGAAGAAGGGAGAGGGUGGGACACGCACUGGGUCCUUCGCGGCUGGCGUCAGUUAUUCGGCUUGCCGGGUCUAGUGUGCAUGUAACUCCGAGGAUCUCACGGGCCGUUGACACACACGCGGGGAUUUACUAACGAGUACUGUUUCGAAUAAAAAAACAAACAAAAAAACAGACAGGACACCUAGUGCCACGUAUACCCCUUGAUGCCAGUAUUCGGACGUUAGUCGGAUUUAAGAUAAUGCAAUAAUGUCUUGGCAAAGAGUCUACCUUUCCGUGGGACUGUUCGGUGUCCUGCUGCUUCUGACCAACGCGGAUAACAGCGUGCACAUAUUGUCAAAGUAUAAUCAACUGGUCACCUCGACCACCCUCAAAUGGUUGCCCCGUGCGCACUUCGAUCGGCCGAGCGAAAUCGUGAUCGGUGGUUUUGAGAUCGAGGAAACUGAAGACGACUCGUACAAUCAGGCGGAGAAGUCGGAGAGAAAGAAGCCUCUGUACGUGUGCCGGGUGUUGCACACCACUGUCUGGGUGGCUGGUAGCCAGAAAGGCGACCAGAAACGAUGCACCGUGACGAUUCACGGGACCGUACAAUCGUACGAGAAGUACGAAUUGCUGGAGAACGUGGACAAUGCCGCACGCGUCAACUGGGAGCACUGGGAUAAAUACAAGCCGACUCCCAUUGGUGCCGUGGCCACGGAAAACAUGUUCGUCGCCCGGCACGCGGCAGCAACCCACAAUGACAAAGACGCGCCAGACGGCGCGGCGAGGUACACCCAUUAUAUCGGAACCUUGAAUUCAAACGACAAUCUCGGCUCUAUCAGCUACGUGAGCGAUGAUCUCACAGAAGGAAAUGCGAAGUCUGGUGAUGUUCUGGUCGAGACAGAGCCGAUAUACUAUGAUCUAACAAGGGUUAAAUUGAACUGGUCUAAAAAGCGUGUAAUGAAACGUACACCCCUUGUAUUAGGGAAAGCAACGAUUGCUAAUAAUGGACAGGAAGCUGUAAACAUGGCACAGGCUUUUGGUUACACGUACAAGUAUUCUGUGUACUGGGGGCAAGGGCAUGCUAUCUUGAAAGGCCUAAAUACAUCGAUCACAUUGACAAAUGGAACGGUUUUGCCGAAAGUAAUGUGGGGUACAAUGGAGAUAAAUAAUCGUACUGAUGUGUAUAUGGUGGAGAUAUUCUUGGAGCCUGGCACGGGAAUAAAUGUCACUCUAAAAGCCAAUUACACUGAUAUGGAAGUACAAUAUUCCGGGACAUUAAUCUCUCAUUACGAGGACGGAGAAACGAAAUCCCGUGUGAUCAGCGGUAUCCGCAGAGAAGAAACUAUGUUUGACGUAAAACCAGAAUUUGGACCUAUUUACUUCCUAAGUAAUUAUAGCUUAGUUCCUACCACCACGAUACCGCCCACUACAGAAGCAACUACCACUGUGAUGCCACAGGAGUAUAUUAAGGAAACUCACAAACAGGAUAUGGAUAACGAAGACCACGACGAAAACAUGAUAAUACCCCCAAAGAAGUCAGACAUGUCGAACAUGCAAAGUGACGACGGUGGUCCACUAUCGCUAAAAAACAAGGUAGAAGCUUCGCAUUCUGGAACAUGUCUGCAUAGAUUAAACAUUAUAUUUAUACCUCUAUUAACGAUUAUCGUCCAUAGAAUCACGUGAAAGUACAACUCCUAAAAAGAAAAUCCUAAAUCCUAAGUUGCAAUAGUAAUAUAUUCG